AUGGUAGUCUCAGCCAGCGCAUGGAACGUGGGGCCUGGUGGAAGAAGUUCGGAUCAAACCCACGAUGCAUUCGGCGAUGUCGUGGAAGCGAUUCUUGCGGCUAUGGGGACUAAUGGAUUAACGAAUGUGAGUCCUUGGGCCAUGGUCCAAGGCUCUGUCACCCCAGGGCAAUACUGCGCACCUGCCUGGGUGAAAGCCCUUAUGCCUCAAGGUCCAGGCGCGCUGGGGAAAGGAGGUAUCCUAUGGAACAUGUCAGGUGUUGACACCACCAAUAUGACCAAGUUCACUACUACCGCGACCGCUAAUGGAUAUGCAUAUGCUUCUAGCAGGAGCACAACUAUCACGGCGAUAAUCGUGCUGCUCAUUUACUGCGUGAUGGUCGUGCCGCACACCAUCUACACGUUUUGGACGGGCUGGAGCUCAUCUAGCUGGGAUUCAAUCCCGGAGAUUGUGGCACUGGCCAUGCAAUCAACACCAACUGAAAUCCUUGAAAACACAGGCGCAGGAAUUUCUACUACCCGCGUUUUCAGCGAGCCUGUGCAAGUUUGGGAUAUGGGUCAGCGCCUGGAGCUAACCUUCCGAGAUACGAGAAAUGGUGGGAUAGAGAUCAAGGAAAACGAGACAUAUCGAUAG